AUGAAAAUCUCAAGAAAUGUAUUGGUAUUUAUGAAUUUGAUUAUUAAUUAAAUGCAAGAGAAAUUAAUAGCUGGACUCACAUCGAGUUAUGGCAGUUUGUUGGGUCAAUAGUAUUUGAAGUGGUUGAAGAUGCCUCCUUCUUAUUUACGAGUGAUGCAAUCCAUCGAUUACAGAAAGGGGAUGUAUGGCAGCUUAGCAAAUAAAGGCAAAUCAAUAGAUAAUGCUUAUAUCGACGGAGAAGUGUUUCACAAGUGUGGAAUUCAACUUCAGACCAUAGCAUCACAAAUAGCUCACAAAAUAAGUGGUGGAAAAGUGGAAUAGUAGUAUUUGGUCACAGGGUUGCUCAAAAUUAUUCUGCAAGUGUUCGUGCAUCAGAAGGACCAAUCUCUAACUCACUCUCCAUUUGCAAAUAUGAUUCAACCUCCUAAUACUCCUCUUUUGUGGCCUCAAACAGUGAUUGACUUGAUAACCUCUAGGAAUUUGGCCUCCUUGAUUGAAGGCACUCUUCUCCAAUGUUAAUCGAUGUAUAAUGAAUUGCAAUUGAGCAAAGUUUACGGUUUGACAGCCCUUGAGUUUUUGAAAUUGUUCCAAUCAGUCAGAGCAUCCUUAAUUUGCUUCAAUCCACAAAAACCUAAAUACUUUGACAUGCAAUCAGUCUAAAUAGUAUGUCCAAUAGUUUAUCAAUUUGAUCACUCCUUCGACCCAAAUUGCUACUUGGAUGGCUGUUAUUUGAGCCAUGAAAACAUGAGUUUCGUUGAUUUCAGUGCCAAAAAGCAAAUCGAACCAGGCGACAAAUUAACCAUCAAUUACGGUAAUUUGAGCAAUCACGAUCUACUAAUGAGACAUGGAAUUAUUGCGGAUGAAAAUCCUUACAAUGAAAUGCCCAUAGAUUUGGAUUUCACCACGGCCAUUAAUUACACUGAAUAGCUCUUUGAGUAAAAGCAAAAGUGGUUGAGACAAAGCGAAAUCACCAACAUUGAAAGAUAGUCCUUGUAUGCUAACAAAAUUAAUGUGCAAUUAUUACAGUAUCUAAGGAUUUAUUUUCUGACUGAACAAGAAUUCUCCAAAAAUCCACAAAUGGAAUUCAAUUCAUUCCAAGAAAAAGUCAGUGAAGAAAAUGAGUUGUUGGUCAAAUAGUUUAUGAUUCAAAACAUCAAGAAUAUCUUAUCCACUUACAAACAAAUUUCUAAACCAGUUGGCAAAGAAUUGCAGGACCUUUACAAAAUUCAAAAGGACGAGAUGACCAUACUAUAAAAUAAUCUAACUUUUUUUAGUAAAUGA